GUGCUGGGCAGCUGAUCCCGGAGCUCUUCACUGCACGGAACCAAGCAAUUGGGACGUGACAGCUGCCCAUGGUGUCCGCUGCAGUUUGCUUUGGGGAUGGCAGAAUGCAAGGGAUGCUCUUAGUCCUGCUCUAUGUCUCUCACUCUUCUGCCAGUUGUGGCAUUCAGAAAACCAACGUUAUGGAAAUUUCCGAGGAAGGUUUGGUCAAAGACAAGGAAUUCCCAUGGGUGGUGUCGCUGCAGGAUUCCCAGUACACCCACCUGGCUUUUGGCAGCAUCCUUAGUGAGUUCUGGAUCAUCAGCAUCGCAUCCGUCUUGCAGAACAGGAAGGACGUCAUCGUUAUAGUUGGUAUAGCUAAGAUGGAUGCUAAAGUGAUUGCUCAUGAAGAGUAUCCAGUCAAUACCAUCAUCAUCCAUGAGGAUUUUGAUAAUAAAACCAUGACAAAUAACAUAGCCCUCCUGAAGACAGACACGCCGAUAGGGUUCAACAAUCUGAUCCAGCCCAUCUGCUUCCUCGACAGAAACCUGAAUAUGCUCUCAGCCUUGCGGAACUGCUGGGUGGCAGGAUGGAAUCCCACAUCUGCAACAGGAAAUCACAUGACGAUGAGUAUCCUGAGGAAAAUCUCCGUGAAAGACAUCGACCUGUGUCCCUUACACAAAAUCAAGAAAACAGGAUGUGGCAAUCACAUACAGCAGGAAACCGAUGCUGUCUGCUUGGGGGACCCAGGAAACCCGAUGAUGUGCCAGCUACAGCAACUGAAUAUGUGGGUGCUGAGAGGAAUCUUGUCCCACGGUGGUGAGAAUUGCCCUGGCCUAUUUCUGUACAUCAACGUGGAAGACUAUAGCGACUGGAUUAUGUCCAAGACUAAGAAAACCAGCCGUCCUCUGUCUUCCUUCCACCACUGGGAGGAACCAUUUCCUUUCCCCAGCUACUCAUCACAUAUCAUCGUGACACCGAAAAAACAUUCUGGGCUGGGCCAGGGUGAACAGUCCCAAGCAGACAUGCAAGAACAAAAUAAGGUCACCUUAUAUACAUUCCCAACAAAUAGCUCUACAGAGUCUCCAGACCUUGAGGAGAAAGGGUUAGGGGAAUUAGGCAAGUCUUCUGUUGUGUCCGUAGAUCCCAUUUACUCUGACUAUUAUGGGGAGGCUGGGGAGGGUAGUGGGCCUAUUUCAGGUCAGAACAGGUUACAUCAGCCCCAAGAAAUUAUCUUGUUUUUCUUUGUGCUUGUUUUCUUUUGCAAUGAUAUCUAG